GUGGCACGCUCGUGCUCGGCGCCGACGCGCCGGCGUGGACGACUAACAGCCAGGCGCACGGAGUCGGCAGUGCGGAGGCUGCCGCUCUGUUCCAGGCCCCGGGCCGGCCCGCUCCCGGCGGGGCGGCCAGCCUCGAGCUGGGCGCGGCCGAG